UCCAAAAAAAAAAAAUUGUUUUAUCUCUUCUCAACAUCCACUUCGUAUUGUUGAAUUUUUAUUUGUUUUUUAAUAAAUUACUCAUUUUUCUAACAAAAAUUAAAACAUGGAUAUUUCUAAAGUACCCCACGAAAAGAAACUCUACUUGUGCCGAUGGUAUUUCAAAGCUGGCUUCGCUUUACUCCCCUUUGUUUGGGCAAUAAACUUUUGUUGGUUCUUCUCUGAGGCAUUCCGUAAACCAGCUUAUAAAGAACAAGCUGAUAUUAAACGAUAUGUGAUUUACUCAGGCUUAGGAGCAAUUCUCUGGCUAAUUGCAAUCAUCGCUUGGGUUUCGGUAUUCCAAUCGAAACGUGCCGAAUGGGGAGCAACAGCCGACUACAUAAGUUUUAUCAUUCCUUUAGGAAAAGCAUAAAAUAAACACAUUCCUCUUCUUCAUCA